AUGACCAGCAACACACUUUACGGAACCCUUGAACCUGGACAAAGCCGCAAGCUCAAGGUCGUUCAGCAUGUUCCUGGUGUCCGUGGCGAGCUCGGCGUUCCUUCCCUGGCAGACACAGCCUCACACGGCAUCUGUGUCUUCCCCCACCCAGGAGCCAGAGAGGGACAGCUGCAACCACAGCUCCAGUACCAGGUGCCAGGGAGCAACAGCCGAAAAACGGCAGUGGCAGAACCGAAGACUGGCUCAGACGGCACAGUGGGCGUCCCGGGGCCCUACCCACUGCCCACCACGGCCACCAUGAACCAGCUCUGGAACCUGGGACGCUUGGGGCCCUUCGAGGGCACCUCAAAGUGGGUCCCCAUUCUGGGGGAGCUGCAGAAGACCCUGCAGAAGGGCGAGUACCUGCCCCUCGGCCCGCUGCCCAUGUUUGAGAGUAACUUUGUCCAGGUGACACACCGAGGGGACCCUGUGUACCUGCAUCACGGCUCCAACCGCCUGACCAUGGGUGUGGCUGCCAGCCUGCCUGGCCUGGCGCUGCCGGACAUCCUGCUGAUUGCGAAGCCCCCCGAGGACGAGGACUCCUCCAACCUCGUCCUCACCAGGAUGAUCCCACUGGGCCUGGUGCACCUCUACGUCCACGACCUGGCCGCCUGGCGCCUGAAGCUGCGCCUGGCCACCGGCCGCUACUACUACCUGGAACUGGACGCCCCUGACUGCGAGGUGGGCUUCCUGUUCGACCGUUGGAUCCGCCUCAUCCACCUGCUUCACGAGCCGGCCACCAGCUGCGCCCCCAGCGCCAUGCACCUGCUGCCCCCGGUGGGCCUGUCCCGGUCCGCGCGAUUCGCCUCCACCUGGCAGCUGCAGGACCCAUCCCAGACCAAGCGCUCAGUCACCAUCCGGAAGCCUGUCCUUCCUUACAAACUGCUGCUAUCCCAGAAGCAGAGGAGGGCGAAGGCUCUAAAGCGCAAGUUCAAGUCUCAGGCCGUGGGUGACUCUGUGCCUCUCAUCUGGUCACAGCCGGAAUCGACUGACAGUAGAAAGAAGGUCACAGCAAAGAGGUCUGAGUCGGAGCCCACUCGUGACAGUUCUCAGACAGAAAUCACACUUUCUGAGAGACCCGGCAUCUCCAUCCGGACCAUCUUCAGCAACAUUUCCAGCACCGUCAACCAGAGGGAGUCCUCCAAGGCCAGCUGUAUACUGGGGGCCCACUUGUCUGAGCCCGACAGCAUCACCAUCGGUGGAUACACGAUGGAGGCCCCUCCCCGCUGUGUCUCAGAGGACAGCCCUGACUUCCCCUCGACAGCAUCCGAAGACCAGCUGGAACAGGACCUGUGGGAGCAGGACAUCAGGGAACUCAUGGACACCACGUCCACCUCCCUGUCCUCAUCCUCCUUCUCUCCAGCUACGCGCACCACCACCACCUUCUACCACUGCACACCCUACCCCUCCCUCCCCAGGCACAAUGUCAAGGCCGGGCCACUGGCCGUCCAGAAGGCCUCGUCCGUCCCUGCCAUGUCUGGGAAGAGUCCAUUUGUCCAGAAGGUCCAGAAGGCCCCAGCUGUACCUACCUCCUCCCAGAAGGCCCCUUUCCCGUCCCAGAAGGCCCCUGUCCCAUCCCAGAAGGCCCCUGUCCCAUCCCAGAAGGCCUCUGUCCCAUCCCAGAAGGCCCCUGUCCCAUCCCAGAAGGCCUCUGUCCCAUCCCGGAAGGCCCCUGUCCCAUCCCAGAAGGCCCCUGUCCCAUCCCAGAAGGCCCCAGCUAUAACAGCUACAUCCCAGAAGGCCUCUGUCCCAUCCCAGAAGGCCCCAGUUGUUUCUUUCACAUCCCAGAAGGUCCUCCCUGUCCCUGUCCCAUCUCAGAAGACCCCAGUUGUCCCUGCCCAACCCCAGAAGGUCCCACCUGUCCCUAUCCCAUCCCAGGCCCCAACUGCUUCUGUCCCAUCCCAGAAGGUCCCUCCUGUUCCUGUCCCAUCUCAAAAGCCCCCAGUUGUUCCUGCCCCAUCCCAGAAGCCCCCAGUUGUUCCUGCCCCAUUCCAGAAGGCUCCCCCUGUUCCUGUCCCACCCCAGAAGGUACCCCGUGUCCAUGCCUCAUCCCAGAAGCCCCCAGUUGGCCCUGCCCCAUCCCAGAAGGCUCCCCUUGUCCCUGCUCCAUCCCAGAAGGUACCCCGUGUCCAUGCCUCAUCCCAGAAGUCCCCAGUUGGCCCUGCCCCAUCCCAGAAGGCUCCCCUUGUCCCUGCCCCAUCCCAGAAGGUCCCCCCUGGCCCUGCCCCAUCCAAGAAGACCCCAGUUGUCCCUGUCCCAUCCCAGAAGGCUCCCCGUGUCCCUAUCAUUCUCCAAAAGGCCACAUCCUCCCCUACUCCAAACAGGAAGUCUUUCUUCCUACCUACCCCAUCCCAGAAGGCUCUAACCUCACCUACCCAAUACCAAGGAGCAUUCAGCCCACCCACCACAUUGGACAAGAUCCCUGCCGACUCCAGCACGUUGCCAGCAGGAAGUCAUGGAGUCCACCUGCUGGAGAGAAGCCAGCCUGAAGUGAGACCUGAGCCCGUGGUGAUAGUGGGAGCCCAGGAGACAGAUGUGGAAGAGCACAGGGCCCAGACUCAGUCCCUGGAGUUGCCCUUCGGUGCAACCAAGAAGACAUCCGAGGAGGUCCUGGUCAGCAAAACACGGGAGAUGACCUUAGAGGGCUUGAAGGGCAUGGGGAAGUUGGAGGACAGGGUUUCCAAGAAGAAGCAGAAGAUCACUGUGGAUCUGCCAGGCGUCAAGUCCAAGGAGACAGAGCAGCAGAAGAAAUGGAUCAAGAAGAAGGAGCUGAGCCUCCAUGGGCCUGCGCCAGAGCACAGCAGGCCCUUGUCGGUGGAGGGCCUUGCCCUCGCCAAGCUGAUGAUCAUGGCCAGCUCCAAGGAGCAGCACUCAAGACCAGCAGUGAUGACUCUGCCUUCCUGGCUCUCCAUGAAUUCCAAGGAGUCCUCUUUGUCUAGGGUGCCCUCAGUGUCCCCCAAACACAGCCAGCUAUCCUGGCUGAAGGGGCCACCAGUGGUGGUCAGGGAGCAACCUGAGUCAGUCACCUGGAUGAAGGACAGCAUGCAGCACUGGGUAGAAGUGGAGGAGCCAUCCUGGGAUCCAGAGGACCAUUCCAAGGUGUCCUUGCGGUCCUUGUCUGCGUCCAGCAGCCUGUGUGUGCCCAGUGGUCCCCGGCCUCCCAUCCCUCUGCCUGCCACCAGGUGGGAGGACCUGCCACAGUCACCUAUUCCACUGCCACCCUCAAGGAUGGAGGCCCCAACCAGGAUGCCCCAACAGCCCGUGAGAUUAUCUCAAGAGCCCAUCCAGAUGCCCAAGCAGCAGCCCGUGGCUAUGAUGGGGUCGUCCCCGGACAUUCUCUUGCCAAUGCUCUUGGAAAUUGACAGCGUGAGAGCUAAGGCCACCCAAGUGGAGGUGAUAAAGGAGGAAAUGGGCAUCUCCUCUGCCCUUCCCAGGUAUUUCGGCUAA